AUGUACGCUGUGCUUGUCGUUGUCGUGUCGCUUGCUGCGCUUGGUGGCGCCGUCGCUCACGGGGAAGAGGUGCGGAAGAACGACGAUGUGGUGGCACGUCUGCGCAAGGAAUUGGCGGCGGAGGGCAUGGACACGCUGCCAACGCCACCCCGCGAACUAGGUGUUCAUGCAGCCUGCCUGAAGCACGGGAUGGGAUGCCCGGACACCUACGUGGGGUUCCUGGAGGGACUGCGGAGUGCCCCCCAUACACCUCCUGAGACGAGGGCUGCUAAAGUCGCGGCAGGAAGUGAAGCUUGGCGGAGCCGAGGACCCCCCAGUGGCGAGAGAGGGGAAAGGAAGAUGGGACGCACAGAUCGUGAGGUUGCUACUGAGACCGAACUAGAGAACUUGCGGCGUCUGCGCGAUGUGAUGCGUAUUCGUUUGGCCGAACAACAGUCGCCUGAGCAGCAGUGGAAGUGCAAGGAGUUUCGCUGGCUUCGCAUGGGGCUAUUGGUGGUCCAAACUCUGCAUGGCCUAGCCAUGGAACAGUGCUGGGGCUUUACCAUGCAACGCCUUUUUCCAUGUGUGGUGUUCGUGACUGUGACUGUGUGGGUGCUUUUUGGCGAUCGUGUUCCGCGUCAGCACAUGAGCAGUCUUCUUGCGAAGGAUUCCAUGAGUGUCUUGACCGAGGUGAUCACCCGCCGCAAGUCUCCACACUCCGUGGCGGAGCUUGUGAUGAAGCGUGAAAGCUACAAUAUCACUGAAAUCAGUGAUCCCGAAGACAUUAACGUCCCUGGUUUUCGUGACGGCUUUGCAAAAAUGAAAGAAGAAUCUUUGCGGUCAAGCUCAAAUCACCGUCGGGAUCGUUGGUUUGUCACACGCUUUGCCCUGCUCGAGGCGCACAAUGAGACUCGCAUUGCAGGGGUCGUUUUGAGACUUCGCUUGGCGCUGAGUGCCACGGUGUUACUGCUGCUUUGCUGGACGCUGCUCUCCCUCGUACUGCGGGCAACGGAGGUGCGGAAGAACAGUGAUGGCGGGGUGCUGCACUACCUGUUGGUUAUGUUUUGCCCCGCCUGGAUGACGACGUCGUUUGUCCUCUACGCUGGCUGGUCGUGGAUUGGCGGCAUGGUGGCCUACGCUGCGUGGGAGCUGGUGUCCGCGGGGGAGGCGUUGGUGCGGUCAGGUGAGCGGGCGGCCGCUGUGCACGAGAAGAUCCUGCAGCGCUGGUACGGCUGA